UGGAUCCGCCCCAUGGACUGGCAUCCUCUCCUGUUCACAGGACCAUGGCAAUGGAAGAUUGAUACUUGUAACCACCAAUACUAAAAUUGACCUCAUCGAUUUGUUACAAAGUAACAAAAUCAUGAGAAAACAGGUUACAUUUGUCGAGGAAAUAAGAAAAGGAGAUCGCCUGAUAAAAUGCGGUGGUAGUCGCGUUUUAGCAACAAGAUCUGCGGAGUCAAAUAACAUGUACCAUCAUAGAUAUAUAGAUAGAGGCUAUAUGACAGACUCUGAGCAUGUGUAUAAGGAACAAAACACCAGGGUGGAGAUGCACAGGACAGCACAUUUCAAGGUUCCUGACCACCAGCAGGUGAAAACCAUACACGUCCCCAAGUCCAUGAUGACUGCACCAUUUCUACAGCAUCCAACCCUAACAACUGGACAGAAACGAUAUCUCUACAGCAUUGCAAAUGUCUACAGCACUGAGCACAUGAGACGACUGAUGAAGCAACACUAUCUCAAUGUGCUGCACCGGUGUAUUAAAUCAGGUCAUAGCUCUUUGGAUGGAACCAAGAAUACUACUGGAGAUAGGAUCACGUUCAAGAUGGACAAUGAGAGAGAUUCUGGAUCUAGGAUCAAGCCAUAUGGACAGAGGAAGGGCACCACUGUGCACUCUAAAGUUAUCCUCCCAAAGAUUGCCAACAGUCACAGUGCAGAGUGAGAAGAUUGCAUUUGAAAUAAUUAAUUAUGAAGUGAGUCAUACAUAUUAUUCUGAUAAUGUAUUGAAGUAUAGUAUAAUUUUGAUCAUUUCAAAACACUAAUUUGAGUCUGCCUAUACAUUGCUUAUAAGAGUUUUUACAUAGUUUAUAAACCAUUAUUACAUACUGUACAUUUUUAUGUCUGUAGAUUAUUUGUACACUACCGGUCAAACGUUUUAGAACACCUACUCAU